UUUGAUAUAUUCAACGAUCUUCCAUAAAUAUAAGCACAGAGAGCUUGGCUAUAUAUAUUGUGAUCCACUGGAUGCAGACCAACAAGGUCAUUGUUAGAUACCCCAGAUUUCUACUCGUUUGAUAAGCUCAAGAUCUUGAGCAUGAGAAGGAAGCCUUGUAUUAAGGAGGAAAAUUUACCUUCAUGGUUUAUUGUUAAAGAGUAUAUACGGGCUACAGGAAGAAUUUACAAGACAUAUUAUGAUGCAUACAAUAAACAAAUGUAUCGUUCAAUAGGGGAAGUGGCAAAGGCUUUUGGACUUGGUGGCAAGAACAAACCUUGUCCGAAGCCUCUGGAUAUUAGGAAGGAAGACGGCUCAUGUGGAUCAUUACCUAUGGUAUCUUACACUAUAAUCCCUGCAAUCCCUGAUUAUGUUGGAAAGGACAUUGCUAGUGACUCAAUCAAUUUGGAACAAGGUAUGUAA